AUCAGCUAGUAGUAUGGUUAGCAACAGGACAACCGAUCAGUUCACCAUUCCAUCCGCGGCCUCGCCGCCGGCCGGAGUGCCGGCGAGCAAGCUCAUCGCCGCCACUACAGAUUACAGAAUACAGAGUAGAUGAGUAGUCCACAGCACAGUGGGGGCAUGCCCGUGCGCCGACAGUCCAACACCCUCGCCUCCCGUGCACCACACACGCGGCGUGUACUACUGAUUGAUUGCUAACUGUGCGGCCGUGAACCAUGUCCACGACGCUGCUCAAAGAAAGGUCCACGGCGCUGCCUCCUCCUCCGACUGCAUCUGCCUCUACAAAACGAGAAAGCGCACGGCACGAGAUUCCCAAAAUCCCCCAUUUUUGCGGACACCAGCUAGCCACGCCACACUCCCAAUCCCCGCCGCAGCUGGUUCCCUGCUCCGUUCGUCUGAUCCAGCGGCUGAAUCCGCAGACCACCAUGGGAUUCGACAAGGAGGCGAGCUCCUCGUCCUCGCGGCUCGACGCGGCGCCGCUGCUCCCGCAGCACGGGCUGCACGGCGGCGGCGGCGGCGGCGGGCACCUGUCGUCGCAGCCCAAGACGUUCGCCAACGUCUUCAUCGCCGUCGUCGGCUCGGGCGUGCUGGGCCUCCCCUACACCUUCUCCCGCACGGGCUGGGCGGCGGGGACGCUGCUCCUCCUCGCCGUCGCCGCGCUCACCUUCCACUGCAUGAUGCUCCUCGUCGCCACACGCCGCCGGAUCGCCGACGAGCACCCCAAGAUCGCCUCCUUCGGGGACCUGGGCCACGCCGUCUACGGCGCGCCCGGGCGCCACGCGGUGGACGCCAUGCUCGUGCUCAGCCAGGCCAGCUUCUGCGUCGGCUACCUGAUCUUCAUCUCCAACACCAUGGCGCACCUUUACCCCAUCGGGGCCGAGUCCCCGGCGUCCCCGCUCCUCACGGCCAAGGCGCUCUUCAUCUGGGCCAUGCUGCCGUUCCAGCUGGGACUCAACUCCAUCAAGACGCUCACGCUCCUCGCGCCGCUCAGCAUCUUUGCCGACGUCGUUGACCUCGGAGCCAUGGGCGUCGUCCUUGGCCAGGACGCCUCAAUCUGGCUCGCCAACAAGCCCCCCGUGUUCGCCUUCGCUGGCCCCGCCGAGCUCCUCUACGGCCUCGGCGUCGCCGUCUACGCCUUCGAGGGGAUCGGCAUGGUGCUGCCGCUGGAGGCGGAGGCCGCGGACAAGCGAAGGUUCGGCGCCACGCUCGCGCUGUCCAUGGCGUUCAUCGCCGUCAUGUACGGGCUGUUCGGCGCCAUGGGCUACCUCGCCUUUGGCGCCGCCACGCGGGACAUCAUCACCACCAACCUCGGCACCGGCUGGCUCUCGGUCCUUGUACAGCUCGGCCUCUGCAUCAACCUCUUCUUCACCAUGCCGGUGAUGAUGAACCCGGUGUACGAGGUCGCCGAGCGCCUGCUCUGUGGCAAGCGCUACGCCUGGUGGCUGCGCUGGAUACUUGUCGUGGUCGUCGGGCUCCUGGCGAUGCUCGUGCCCAACUUCGCCGACUUCCUCUCGCUCGUUGGCAGCAGCGUCUGCGUCGUGCUCGGAUUCGUGCUGCCCGCUACGUUCCACCUCAAGGUUUUCGGCGCAGAGAUCGGGUGGACUGGGCUCGUCGCCGACGUGGCCGUUAUCGUAAUCGGGACUGUGCUCGCGGUGUCCGGGACAUGGACGUCACUUGUACAAAUCUUCAGUUCUUCCAACCUGUAAGAGUCGACAGUUUGAUUAGCACCAUGUCUUGCUAAUGCAUUGGUAAGCAUCGACAUUCUGAUAUGGAUCAUGCCUUGCUGAUGCAAUGGGAGCGCUCAAAUGGUUGCACAUUGGUUCUUGUGGAUUGAGAGCUUGAGACCCAAUUCAGCUGCCGUGUUGAUUUGGGCAUGCUUUGCAUCUCUUAAAAGUAUGGGAUAACAUACACAAAUUGUUGGGAGCUUUCUGAAAUCUUACAUGGUUUUGGUCAGAUAGAGCCAUGUAGGUUCCAGCUGUACCAGGCAGCAGAUCCAUGUGUAAAGCCCAGAACGAGGAAUUGAAUCCAUGCGAAUAUGUACAAUAUAAGAGUACCUACUUUAUGUAAGAUUCUUUUGUUCGAGGAGUUUGUAGCAUGUUUCUGGGUCUAUAUUGUCUCAUGUCCUCGCCAUAGGUGUCUUUAUUGAUCUAAAGUAUGUGCACGGUUUAGGUUUGUUGGUCAUACUAGUUUUGAAUGAUUCGCAUAGGUUGGCAAAUGGCAAGUGGCUUAACCUUCAUGGAAAUGUUGCCGUGCACUUCAUAGAGGUGGAAAAUCUCUACUUCAUUGACGAAGGAAAACCAAAUGCUCCAUUAUUUCCUUUGUUCCA